GCUCCUUCUCGCGGGAAAUCACGCCGACAGCCCCUCCGCCGCGACGCCCGAAUCGCCUCGAUCCGGCCGCGCCCGAUCGGGAUCCACGCGCUGCCAGGUGCUUCGUAGGUAGUAGCCAUCGCGUGAAGAAUCUGGGAAUUUGAUAUAACCUGUACUGGAAGCUCAUUUGUCAGUCGGGUAUCGUCGAUAUUUGUCGUUGCAACGAGUGCCUUGUGCAUCUGUGGAUGCCCACUGAUCACGGGAAGGUGAUGUUGGUUGAGAUUGAGAGCUUGUGACAUCACAUAGGUUGUAACUAUAACUAUCUGCCACCAUGAGGGUCAAUCUUGAGCUCCUCAUGCCCUUGAUGGCGCAAUACAAGGCGCCAGCAUGGGCCACCAUUGUUGCUGGGUUCUUUGUUCUGCUCGCCCUUUCCCUCUCCAUGUACCUCAUAUUUGACCACCUAUCGGCCUACAACAACCCUGAGGAACAGAAAUUUGUUCUCGGUGUUAUCUUGAUGGUCCCUUUCUACGCAAUUGAGUCGUAUAUUUCUUUGAUAGAUCCAAAUACCAAUGUUUACUGUGGCAUCAUGCGCGAUGGUUAUGAAGCAUUCGCCAUGUACUGCUUUGGAAGAUAUAUUACUGCAUGUUUAGGUGGGGAAGAAAAAACGAUAGCCUUUUUGAAGAGAGAAGGCGGCACAGAUUCUGGGCAACCCCUUUUGGAUCAUGCUUCCGAGAAAGGAAUCAUACACCAUCAUUUUCCUGUCAAUUUUAUAUUGAAACCUUGGCGAAUGGGGACGCGGUUUUACCAGAUUAUCAAAUUUGGAAUCUUCCAAUAUGUAAUUAUAAAGACGCUCACAGCUAGCUUAUCGCUUUUUCUAGAAGCUUUUGGUGUAUAUUGUGAAGGAGAAUUCAAUUUGCGAUGUGGAUACCCUUACUUUGCUGCGGUCCUGAAUUUCAGUCAGUUUUGGGCCCUGUAUUGUUUAGUAGAAUGGUACACAGCCACCAAGGAGGAAUUGGCACAUAUAAAACCUCUGGCUAAGUUCCUUUCUUUCAAGUCAAUAGUAUUCCUGACUUGGUGGCAAGGAGUGGUGAUUGCAAUAAUGUUUUCUUUGGGCUUGCUUAGAAGUCCUAUAGCCCAGAGCUUGGAGUUAAAAUCGAGUAUUCAAGAUUUCAUUAUUUGCAUAGAGAUGGGCAUAGCGUCAGUUGUUCACCUCUAUGUGUUCCCUGCUAAGCCCUAUGAGCUCUUAGUUAACCAGACACCUGGAAACAUUUCAGUCCUCGGAGAUUACGCAUCAGCUGACCCUAUAGAUCCUUACGAAAUCAAGGAAAGCAACCGGCCCAGCAAAAUGAAGCUUCCACAGUUUGAACCGGAUGAGAGAAGUGCAACAAACAUCAAGGAGAGUGUCAAAGACUUUGUGAUCGGCAGCGGGGAAUAUGUGAUCAAGGAUUUUAAGUUCACUGUUAACCAAGCAGUGCGGCCGGUGGAGAAGCGGUUCGAUAAACUGAUGAAGAAGAAAGACAAGUAUAAGAAAAGCCAGGAUGACAACUGGGUGAGUGCCGCAUCACCAGAGAGACCGGUUCGUGGUAUCGAUGAUCCGCUACUAGGCGGGAGCUCAAGUGACAGUGGGGUCCUGAAGGGUAAAAAACACCGUAGAAUGGCCAGCUCAGCUGCUUCUGCGGACAGUUGGGGAGGUGGCGACAAGACACCUGAUGGCUACGAGAUAAGGGGCCGCCGCUGGGCAGUGAAGAACUAACGGUUUAACCAGUAUGCAGGAUUGGUACAUUCUCAAACCAUACACGUGAAAAAGAAAGUGGCAUUUUGUUACAGCAAUCGCUGGUAACCUUCUGCAACACUGGCCAGUUUUGUUGCCUAUGCAAGUUCAUGUUGUGCUGUGUUGUAGUUAGCUGUACCUCCUGAAUCCUGAUGAAUCCUUAUACUGUAGUUUCUGUGCAUAGCCUAUUAUUUCCUCUUUAAAAAAGGAUUGGUACAGAAAUCGAUUAUUACAAAUUCAAUUGGUGUUACUCAGAAUUGAGAUGGAACUUUAUUUCUGUACAAAUGGAAGGCCCCUCAA